AUGGCAGCAACUGUACCACCGCAACAGAUUACAGCUGCUCAGAAAUUAGCACAAGUGAAUGAACAAACUUGGUUAACCAUGGGCAAUCUAGCUGAAAUGAUGACUGAUUAUGACAAGGCUAUGAACUGUUAUGAAUCUGCACUAAGACACAAUCCCUAUUCAGUCGUCGCUCUCUCUCAGAUCGCGUCAUUAUGUAGAGGACGUGAACAGUUUGGAAGAGCCGUAGAAUAUUUUAAACGUAUCCUUGCCAUUCAAGAAAAUAAUGGUGAAACUUGGGCCGCUUUAGGACACUGUUAUUUAAUGAUGGAUAACUUACAAGAAGCUUAUCAGGCCUAUCAACAAGCCCUCUAUCAUCUUUCAAAUCCAAAGGAUCCUAAACUUUGGUAUGGUAUCGGUAUCUUAUAUGAUCGUUAUGGUUCAUUAGAACACGCAGAAGAAGCCUUUUCAGCUGUGAUGAAAAUGGAUCCAAAGUUUGAAAAGGCAAAUGAGAUUUACUUUAGAUUAGGAAUCAUAUACAAGCAACAACAGAAAUAUGACCUUUCACUUCAAUGCUUCCGUUAUAUCCUUCACAACCCACCGAGACCUUUGACAGAGUCUGAUAUCUGGUUCCAAACGGGUCAUGUCUAUGAACAACAAAAGGAGUAUGAACAUGCCAAGGAAGCUUACGAGCGUGUGUUGGCCGAAAAUCCCGAUCACGCUAAAGUGCUUCAGCAAUUAGGCUGGCUCUAUCAUCAGCAAAAUACGUCAUUCUGCAAUCAAACACUCGCCAUCCAAUUCCUAACCCGCUCUCUUAAAUCAGAUAGCAAUGACGCCCAAUCCUGGUACCUUCUCGGUAGAUGCUAUAUGGCCGAACAAAACUACAACAAGGCAUAUGAAGCAUACCAACAAGCCGUCUAUCGUGAUGCACGUAAUCCUACAUUCUGGUGUUCUAUCGGUGUCUUGUAUUAUCAAAUCAAUCAAUACCGCGAUGCAUUGGAUGCCUAUAGUCGAGCUAUUCGUUUAAAUCCUUAUAUCAGCGAAGUAUGGUACGACUUGGGUACACUGUAUGAAUCCUGCAAUAAUCAAAUUCAAGAUGCCCUUGAUGCUUAUCAGCGUGCUGCUGAGCUCGACCCAACGAACCCUCACAUCAAGCAAAGACUAGAACUGCUGCGAAAGUCACAAAAUACUCAAACUUCUCAAUCGUAA